AUGACUCAAGAAAAUCCUCCUCCAGCUGAACCAGAUACAAUAGAACUAAUUGAUCCAGUAAGUUUCUCUAUUACUGGUUCCCAAUAUGAACUUUUUAUUUCUCGAUUUGAUUCUUUGAAUCUUGAAGAAAUAAAAAUCGAAUAUGAUGAAAAAGGAAUAUACGUUGGAUGCGAUACAUGCCCAUUUUCAUUCAUAUGUGGAUUAUUUAAACCAGAUUUACACAUAGAUCAAGUCGAAUCUUCUCAAAAUGAAAAAACAAUUAAUAUCAAGCUAAAAUUCAAAGAAGAAUUGCAAAGGUUGGAUAUACUUGAUGCCAAACCAUGGAAAGAUCAUACACCAGAUCUUUUCACAAUUGCAAGAGACGAUUUUCCUGAUCUUGACACAGCAAGGAAACUAUCAAAAAUCAUUAUCGAAUCAAGAUGGAUCUCACCAAUCUUAGAUCUUGUCACAUUUCAUAUCAAACUUUUACCAUUAUACGAUUUAUUCGUCCCAGCAAUGGAAUUAAUCGUUGCAAAAUACACACAACAACCAAAAUUACUAUUGGCAUACAUGUACUACAAAAUGAACAUCAAUGGCGAUAUAAUUAUAGUUUAUUGCAGAUCAGCUAAAAAUUCUAAUAUAAUAGCCUCCAAUUUACUAGGAAUUUGCUUGUCGCCUCUUUCUACAAUUAAAUGCCAUAAGAAUCUCAUUGCUUCUAUUGGUUAUUUGAAAACUUCAAUUAUUCAUCCAGAUCAAAUAGCAGGAGAAGAUGCAAUUUACGAAUUUUGUAUGCUACUUUACAACGGACUCGGAAUGAAGAAAGAUAAAGAACUCGCACAGAAAAUUUACAAUAAUCGUCUUCAAAAUUACCAAAGAAAGCUUAUAAGGUGUUCAACCAAUGCUUUUAGUGCAGCAUUAUCUAUUUUGGGAUACACAACGUUAAUUACUGCUGGAUUAUUCGCUUUUUGUUAUAUUUUCGACGAAAAACCAUAA